CAGCAGGGAUCGGGCUGACGUCCUGGGAUCGCCCCGAGUUGGCUUCCGCCUCUACCCACGUCCAGCAAAAACGUGGCUCUGGGUUUCCUCUGUUGUAGAUUUUUUUUCUUGCUUCUACUCCUUCUUACCCGAGAUACGUACGAUGCCCGGGGUUUCAUUCCUUUAAAUCUCUCCGCUCUCUGUUUUUGGCGGUUCUGCGGUGCCGUUCGUUUCUCCUCUCCCCCCGUUGAGGUAUCUCCUGCAUAUUGUGUUGGCGAUUCGGCAGGAUGCGGUUCCUUUCGUUGUUGUCGCUGCUCUGCCUCGGCGCAUUGCAGCCAGCGCUGGCCGCUCUCAACCUUACUGGAGUUCCCGCCUGUGGUUUAACAUGUCUCGCGAGUGAAGUUGGCAAAUCGGACUGCACAUUUACGAAUGCGACUUGUAUCUGUACCAAUCCGGUCCUCCUGGCCAAUAUUACCGAGUGCGUCACGGCGAGCUGCUCGAUUCGUGAUCAAUUGUCGACGAAGAAAUUCUCGGCCGAAACCUGCGGCAUUCCGGGCGAGGACAGGACCGCUCUUAUUAAGAUCAUUGCGAUUGUGUUCGGCGCGCUUGGCCUUCUGGCGUUUAUUUUGCGAUGCAUGGCGAGAUUUAUUGGGCCGCACGAUUGGGGUCAUGACGAUUCGGUGAUGUGCUUGGUCAUGGCCCUCGAAAUCGCGUUCGUGUGUCUAUCAGUACCUAUUUCCAAAGCCGGACUCGGAUUGGACAUGUGGUUUGUCCCACACGAUUCCAUCACCCAGAUCCUUAAGCUGUACUUCUUCGAUGAACUAUUGUACAUUACGGCACUAGCUCUGACCAAGAUCUCGAUUCUCUUCUUUUACCUUAAGGUGUUUCCGAAGCGUUCAUUCCGCAUCUGCGCUUGGGCCCUUAUAACCUGCAACCUCGUCUACGCUCUCACCUACGAUUUUCUUCUUAUCUUCCAAUGCAAUCCGAUAUCUGGAGCGUGGACGUUUUGGGAUGGCGAAACCGAGUCGAAGUGUAUUAGUAUCAAUAUAUUGGGAUGGUCUGCUGCGGCUAUAAACAUCGCAUUGGACUUGGCCGUCAUCGUCCUCCCCUUACCGGCAUUGUUCGGGCUAUCCCUAUCUCUCAGAAAAAGACUUCAGAUCAUAGCUAUGUUUGCUGUGGGUUUCUUCAUCACGGUUGUUAGCAUUAUCCGUCUAUACACGCUUAUCCACUUCGGCGACACCCAAAAUCUCACUCAGGACUACGUCGAAACCGGAUACUGGUCCACGAUCGAGGUCCCCGUCGGCAUCAUAUGCGCAUGCAUGCCCGCGGUGCGCUCGCUCUUCAGCCGCGCGCUCCCCAAGAUCUUCGGCACGACGCGGAAUAUGGGCUCGACCCUCAACUACGGCCCGUCGUCUGCCAACCGGCUCGGCCCCGACUCCCGCAACAAGAUCAGCGUCAAGCAGGAGUGGUCAGUGCUCAGUGAAGGCCCGAACGAUUACAAGCGUAGCGAAAGGGACUCCUCCCUCGAGCUCCUGACCGUGGCCGGCUUAGGGGGCGGCGCGGAUCGGAAGGAGAUGGGCAUGGAGGUCGAGGUCGGCGUCGCGAUCUCGGAUCAUAUCCCGACGCGCAAGAUGACGCUCUCGAAACACGACGGCACGUGGCGCGGUGUGACUGUAACAGAUCAGGAGGAGAGCUCGUAUAAAUCAGCUGCGUAUACGACGGAACGAGAGCUGCGGUAGUUUGUGGAUGAGGUUGGCUGGCGUUUGUACUAGAUCGUUGGCUGUUUCGAUGCGAAUAGAUUCUUUUUCUCGCG